CACCCCUUUCCUUUUCUACUUUCCGUUUUCUGUUUGUUUCCCGAGAAAAUUCCAAAGAAAACGAAACCCUUCCUAAUUUUUGUUUUGGAAUUCGAAUGCAAUUGCAUUAAAUUUUGCGUCUUUGAUUUGGGUAUUUGUAGAAUUUUGAGAAGACCCAUUGGAUUAUAGAAGCUUGAAGUAAUGGAGGAUGUUCGGGAGCAGGCUGAGCAGGAAAGUCAACUACUCGGUCAAGAUGGUGAAAAUGAAACGGUAACUGAAGAUGGUACCUUCGUUCGGGGGGAACCUUCAGAAGAUGCUAAUGUCCCCCCAAAAGUUGAUUCUAAGGUGGAAAUCCUUCACGAGAAAGUCACAAAGCAAAUCAUUAAGGAAGGUCAUGGUCAAAUACCAUCCAAGUAUUCAACAUGCUUCUUACCCUACAGGGCAUGGACUGAGAGCACGGGACACAAGUGUGAAGACACAUUGGAUGAACAACGACCACUUGAAAUUAUUUUAGGAAAAGAGAAAAAAGAAAUGACUGGCUUGGCUGUUGGGGUGUCCAGCAUGAAGUCUGGAGAGCAUGCCCUAUUACAUGUAGGCUGGGAGUUGGGGUAUGGGAAAGAAGGGAGCUUUUCUUUUCCGAAUGUUCCACCAUUGGCAGAUAUAUCAUAUGAAGUUGAGCUUAUUGGAUUUGAUGAAACCAAAGAAGGGAAAGCUCGUAGUGACAUGACUGUGGAGGAAAGGAUUGGAGCAGCAGAUAGAAGAAAGAUGGAUGGAAAUGCUUUACUUAAAGAGGAAAAACUAGAGGAGGCAAUGCAACGGUAUGAAAUGGCUAUAGCGUAUAUGGGUGACAACUUCAUGUUCCAGUUGUUUGGGAAGUGCAGGGACAUGGCUUUGGCUGUUAAAAAUCCAUGCCACCUUAACAUGGCAGCGUCUUUUAUAAAGCGCAAGCGUUAUCAAGAAGCCGUUGGACAAUGCAGUAUUGUACUGACAGAGGAUGAAAACAACGUCCAAGUGCUAUUUAGGCGAGGAAAAGCCAGAGCAGAGCUUGGGCAGACAGAUGCUGCACGGGAAGACUCUCUAAAGGCAAGCAAAUUUGCACCUCAAGACAAAGCUAUUGCAAGAGAGUUGUCGCUUGCUGAACACGACACCCUUGUUUAUCAGAAACAAAAAGAAAUCUACAAGGGAAUUUUCGGACCAACCCCAUAACCUAAACCCAAACGGGAUAAUUGGUUGAUCAUCUUUUGGCACUGGCUGUUGUCAUCGUUCUAUCGUCUCUUCAGGCGCGAAAGGCAUAAAGCUGAGUAGUCAAAUAUCUUAAGCUCUUGAAUUGCAUGAUAAAUGAGGAAAUUCGUCUGUUGAACUUGCUAAUAAACAAGACUAUGAAAUGUGACCCUGCAGGUUCACUCAUUUACGUCUCGGGAGAGAGUUUAGAUGCCAAUAGUUUUACCCAGAAACGAAGAUACGGUGGUCAAAUUAAAGUAUUGAACUGUUCUAAACCGUUAACAAGAGUUUUUAUCUCAUUUUCACUUUGUUUACUGAGAUUUUGGUUGUGAAUUUUCCGUCACCACCAUAAUCUUUUAGAUAGUGUAUAAAGUGGGUCAAUUUGUUUCCUUGAAGUGCUUCUUGCUUCUUUAGUUUAUCUUUGGCCGGAGAAUAUUGUUUCUUUCUUAACGAAUUAGGGGUCUAUGUGGAUGGAGUGAUUUAAACAUAAGGAUUUGAAUUUGUACUACAUUAUUGAUUUAAUUAAGAAAAACUAUUAAACUAGUAGUGAGCUCGGGGAAUUACUUUAGUCUAAAGAAGCUGGCAAAAUUGCACUGUAGAAAUGAACAGUGUUUUGUAAGACAUUUCAGUUUAUUUACAAGAUUACCACUGGCCCUCUCUGCCGUUAGUCUUGAUGCAUACGUGUUGAUGAUCGUGGGAAGGAAGAACGAUGGUAAAGGCGGUCUUUUUCGUUUCCUUCUCAAACCCUGCUUGCCUCUUCCGUCUCACAGACCCGACGAGAACGACACAGACGGUCUCGCGUCCAUCCUAUCCUCCUCUCACCGCCGUCUACCUUCCCUCGCCUAUGUCGUCUUACUCCAUCGUUUGCGUCAUGGAGGCCCAUGCGUGGUUUUUUGGGUGGGGAUUUCAGAUUUCAAGGGGGAGAGAGGCUGUGCUUCGUUUCGAUCUGGUCUUGGCUUCAAUAAAAUCAGCACCCACAACUGGAGGAGUCAAGAAGCCUGACCGCUACCGACCUGGAAUCGUCGCUCUUCGUGAAAAAACAUACUAAAGCAACAACAUUAUGGUGGUGGGAAUAAGCGUUCUCAGUUUGAUCGAAUCAGGUUGAAUUGAAUAAUCCUUGAAGUGACAAGAAGGAGCUGAUUGAGCAAGUUUGCCUCAAGCCGGUGAAGGAAUCAGGGUAACAGAGCCCAGACUAUAAGAGAUGACGGAAAUUGACCCGAGUUCAAACUGAAACAAUAUGAUUAUUUUGGUUAUGAUACAACUGAAGUGGAGAAGGAUAGCUCAGUGGCUUCCUAAGGUGCAAUGCUACUUCAGAAUGCUUUAGUUCAGAAGCCGGCAGAAUCAACUGACAAUCUUGGGCCAAGAAAGAAAUCAUUAUCUGAUAUUGGGAACCUACUGGUGAAUGCAGACACUGCAAAACCUGCCUUAAAGAACUGUAGAUGCUGAAGACAAAAAAGAAGCAAAGGAUACAUUGCAAGCAUAAGAGUUGGCUUCAUUUCAUUCCAGUGACUCUUUAAAUAGGUCCAAGAACUCACUAAAUAGAAGGUGGUAGUGAAAUUGGAUUUACAUAACGACAGAGAAAAUAAAAAGGCCUUGAAAGCAGUCUCCAGCCUUACAAGCUUAAGGACCAAUUUCCAGCCGUUGGCUGCAUCUCAGCUUUUGACUCGGCAGGAGAGAGGAGGGGGACAUCACGGCUGACAAAUUGGAGAGAGACGAUCGCUCCCAUUUUUGACUCGGAGACAGCUGGGUGUGCCUGUGGCGAGCGGAGAGAGGGGGACAGAGCGACUACAGAGGAGGGAGACACAGAGCCUGACAGAUUGGAGAGAGAUGGGAGCUACGGGUUCGGACUGAGUGAGAGAGAUAUUUAGGUGGGUGCUCUGACAGGAUCCAUGGGAUUUUCUCCCAUUUUAGAGAGAGAUGGACAGGGAGAGAGAUACAGAGCGGAAAGCAUAGGUGUGUAUUCUUUGGGUCUUCCGAAAACGCUAGAAACCUAAAACAUUCUCAGCUGCUCUGCAACGGGUUGGCGACUUCGAUCAUGCGUCCUACAGUCCGCAUCGAUCUCUUCCAUCUCUGCUUCGUGAUCCCUUCGAUCCCUUCAAGAGGCACUUGAAAGCGAGGCAAUCAUGGUUAGAUUUCAUGUGGUUCAUGAAAGACUCGGUCAGGCUUUAGAAGACAGAUCUUUUUUCAAUUCAAACUAUUCUCGCUUUGCUGCACACGUUUGAUAUAAGUCCGUCUGGGUUUGACGAGAUUCAAGGUACUUCUUAUCAAAUUGGUUGCACGGACCACUACGAGGUAGACAUCCUCCAAACCCUCUACAUAGCAUUGAGAUUAUUGCCCUUUCGACUCCUCUCCCAGUGCCUCAAGCCAAUACCAAACCCAGCUCCAGUCCUCUACAAAUCAAACCUCACAAAAAUCCGAGAUUGGAGGUGAUAAGUAGCUGGUUUUAGCUUCUGAGGCAGACACUUGAAGAAGGAGCAAAGAUGAAUGCAUUAGUGGCAACGAACAGACACUUUAAGUUUGCUGCUUGGCUUUUGGGAUUGGACUCCAAGCUUGAGAAAAGUUUACUUAUACCAUUUAGGGAAAUCAAGGUCAUUUUUCUUUCAAUCCCGAAGUUCGUAUUUCAGGAACUUGGAUGGUUGGACACAGCACUUCGCCCUUUGGCUUUUGAGGUCAUGAGAAAAGUUAGGGUAAGCAUGUACGAGUAUCAGCUGGAAAGCAUGUUUGUUCACCACAUGAGGCGGAUAAUUGUUCAGAUGUAUAUGGAUUUGCUUUUGUUGGACUGUGCUGCUUUAAAGUUCUGGAUUGGUGCUAUCAGUGAAGAUGCCCCCCCUGUGCUGCGUUGGGGACUUUCUUGAUUCAAAAACCAGCUGUGAUCUGUUGCAAGAAAGACUCAGAAAAGAAAAUACCUCUACAUACCGAAGAUUAUGUCCAACUUUAGCAUGCUUGAAACCGCGGAAUCACCGCCACCAACAGCUAUGGCUGCGCAGUUCGUCGUCGUCCAGUAUUCCUCCGAAAUUCAACUCUCUCUUUACUCUCUCCGAUUCAGUGCGUCUCUAUUCUUCCAGGCCCAGGGUUGUGAUUCUGGAUGCUGACAUGAUUAACCACACUUGGUGCGGAGAAAUGCAAGCAUGUUGCAGCGUAUUAUGGGUUUACUUCGACUACAUGAGGAGCUUCAGAGUUGAAUUUGAUGAGUUUUUUGAGGAAGGAAUGAUAUCAGAAAUUGAAGUUGGAUUAGGUCCGUGUGGAGAGCUAUGGUAUCCUUCUUAUCCUGAACGGCAUGGUUGGAAAUAUCCUGGUAUUGGUGAAUUCCAGGUACCUUAACAAAUGGUGAUCCCUCCUUUCAUUAGUGGCAUGCAUAAUAGCUAGGGACUGACGGUUAUUUAUAAAUGUUUAAGUUAAUAGCCCUUCAUUCAUCUGUGGUUAUGACCUUAAGCCUGUAGCUCAUUUGAUUUUUUACUUCUAUCUUAACUUUGAAGUAGUUCUCUGAUUCAACCUGGUUUAGUCGAUCCCCUUUUGUCGCGAUGCUAAUUUACGGUUCUUAUCAUGUAAAUUGGUUGAAUGUUGCUUCUGUUUCUUAUGAAAACAGAGAAUUUUUUGCAACCACGUCUUUUGUAAUCAAGAACGUUCAAUUUUGUCCUGUUAAUUGUACAAUGUCUUUUCAUAUCAGCUAUGUUGAAUGUAUAUAAAAACCAAGCUGCUUAUCUUA